CACAGUCCAGGGGGAGAGCCAGAGCUGAAGCAGAGCAGGCCAGGUCUAGGGGAAAACGUGCUGGGGCUGCCUGUGAAGAGAGCAGCGCUCCGGGUCUCCUUGGGGGUAGCCCUCUCGCGGCUGCCUGGCUAACAGAUGUUGGUCCAGAAGGCACCUAACAGGAUGAAGAUAGGCCCCCACGUGGGCCGGGGAGUAGGAUUAGGUUGCGAGCGCAAGGUAAACAGAUUAGUCCCAAAAGGGAGCCUGCUUUUUUAACCUCGUCACUACUGUCACACUCAGGAGCAGCGCCGUUUAACCCCACGAGUCACAAUUCCAGCCCCCAAGGGUCUGCAGGACGUCAGCGUUUCUGGACAUCGCUACGGGAGGACCUAGGACGUCUCCAGGGAUCAAACGUCACGCAGAAGCCCCCCGGCCAUCUACCUUGGAUCUGUUUACCCGAAGCCUACUGCAGGACAGAGAGCACCUUUUUUAAUGGCAUCUUGGAUAUUCAGGCAUCGGAGAGUUUGCUUUUUACCCAUGGAUCCAAGAUAAAAAAAAAUACUUUUUUUCUCCCACACCCUUUCCAAAUGACCAAUUGCGCAUCCUGAAGUUCACCAUGCCAUUGAAAACAGGACUAUUUAUCUUUCUGUUCCUGUUCACCCUCCAAGUGACCACAAUCAAAGACACCAACAGUCAAGAUUUGUCAGGAAUCAGGAACGUCAAGUACAGACACUUCCUGGAAACGUUACGACCAGUUGUUAAACGGAGCACGGGCGAUACGGCAGUACACGAUCUGAGGACCACGAGGAUGAAGAGGUCCACUGUUUUCAACACUGGGGUGAAAGUGUGUCCUCAGGAGACCAUGUCGGAGGUCAUAGCCAGCCACCGUGCCUACUACAGGAUGAGAGUUUGUCAGGAGGCGGUAUGGGAGGCGUUCCAGAUCUUUCUGGACAGAGUCCCUGACACUAUCGAGUACCAUCAGUGGGUGGAGGCCUGUCAAAGGGACUCUCUCUGUGUAGAUGACCUGGUCAGAAACUUCAGCAGCAACCAGGAGCAUCUCGACAUGGUUGCAAAGAGGGUGAAUCCCACAGAGCUCCAGCUGGUGAGUGGUUUUCCUUUGGCAACACACAAGCCUGCUGGAGAGAAGUGUUCAAAGACUGCCGCCGAGCUACUGAUCAUUGAAACUGAAGAGAAAACAGAGGCUCCCAACGUCAUUCCUGAGGAGGUGGAUGAGCAGAUCAUAGUGGAGUUCAGUGUGACUAUAGUGGAACAAGGCUAUAGUGAGCUUCUGGCUGACCCUGACACCCCCCAGUACCACGACAUAACACAGACUCUCCAUGAGCAGAUGGUACACAUCUUGGACAAACUCCCUGGAUUUAAAGAGAUUCGGAUGUUGGGAUUUCGGCCCGAGGAGGUCUCUGUCCAUUAUGCUGUAGUUUUUGAGAAUGGCCACCCCACUGAGCCGGGUGGAGAAGCGGCGGAGCCACCCACUGAAAUGGACUUGAGGCAACUCGUAGCCAAAGCCCUGAGUGAGGACACGUCACUUCCGGUGGACAUCCUCUCACUCAGUUUUGUCUCAGACUCCGUACCCACUCAGCGAGGGGAAGAGCAGGGGGCAGCAGAGGACACAGCUGCCCCUGAUGGUGGUGAAGUAGUACCUGAAGACGUCAUGGACGAGACUGUGCCUGAUGCAGUACCAGAGUUUGUGGAUGAGGAGAUAGAUGAGGUAGCCGAGACACCUGUGGUGGAGGACACAGAGGGGGACUCGGAGCUCCAGAAUCUCAUGCCUGAUGAACAGGAGACAGAAGGAGUUGAUACAACACCUGAGGAGGCCUUACCACAAGACUUGGAUGAGGGAGUAGAUCAAAACUUCACAGCACCUAUGGAGUUGGAUGAUAAUGAAGUAGAACUUGAAGCAGCAGCCACUGUCCCUCCCUCUGGGGGUGCCGUGAUGGAGGAAACUACUAAGGCCAUUGAAACUACAGACACUUUUCUUGUACCUACCACAUCUGCAUCUGUAGAAACCGUUGAGGCACCUUCAGUAACUGACACUAUUGAGUCAGUGGAACCAGUAGAGGCUCCUUCAGGCCCAACUAGUAUUGAGCCUGUAGAACCAGUAGAAGCUCCCUCAGUCCCUAGCACGCCUGAGCCUGACCUGCCCAUGGACGUCCCUUCUGUUGAGACAACGAUACAACCAGUUGGACCAGUAGAAAUCCCCCCUGAACCCACAGUCUUAGAACCCAUAGAGGUCCCCUCGGAACCCAGCUCCACUGCAGACACUGGAACCCCAGCUAUUCCACUAACAGAGGAGGAAGGCCAGGAAGCUCCAGCCACUGCCUCACUUUCUCCAAAAGCUGAAGUCCUAGACAACGACCAGGGCAUGCAAGAGGACAGGGAACAGACUGAGAUGCUGGACUACAGCAGUGGGGACGCCCCCGAGACAAACGAGACUGGGACUGCGCCUCCACAACUCAGACUCUUGACUACGCCGUCCAUGGUAGCUUCCAACCAGGCCAAUGAUCUGGUGGUGUUCUUUAGCUUAAGAGUCACUAACAUGAUUUUUUCUGACGACCUGUUCGACAAGAGCUCCCCCGAGUACAAAUCCCUGGAGAACACAUUCCUUGAGCUGAGACAGUUGCCUGAUCGUGAGGAAACUCCAACUCCUGAAGCGUCUACUAAAUCGGAAACUGGGAGGACAUUAGCCUCUAUACCGCUUCUGCCAUAUCUGCAAUCAAAUCUGACAGGAUUCAAAGAGCUUGAGAUUCUCAACUUCAGGAACGGCAGCGUGGUGGUGAAUAGUAAGAUGAAACUGGAGAAGCCGGUGCCCUACAACGUCACGGAGGCAGUGACCUGUGUACUGGAGGAGUUCUGCAAUGCCGCCUCCAAUCGGCUCGACCUGGAGAUCGACAGCGGCUCUCUGGAUGUGGAGUCGGCCGACCACGCGGACCCGUGCAAGUUUAUGGCGUGCAACGAGUUCUCCCGCUGCGUGAUCAACACGUGGUCCAUGGAGGCGGAGUGCCUGUGCGACCCGGGCUACAGCAUGGUGGACGGCCUGCCCUGCCAGAGCAUCUGUGCGCUGGACCCUGCCUACUGCCUGAACGACGGCCAGUGUGAGAUCAUCGCCGGGCACGGUGCCACAUGCAGAUGUCCUGUAGGUAAAUUCUGGCACUACCAUGGAGAGCGCUGCACAGAGCUGGUGUCUCUACCCAUAGACCCACUCCUGCUCGUAGCCUGCCUGGUGGGUGGCCUCGCGCUGGUUUGCGCGGUGAUAGGCCUGUUGGUUCUCAUAAACAAGAAAUGUAUACGGACCAGAAAGACGGUGACUUUGGUGCACACUCAGAGUGAGAGAAUAUCUCCAUAUGAGAGCUCAAUGAGAGUUAAUCCAGUUUUUCAGAAUGAUGAUGGUGUCUUAACCCAAGUGGCUAGAAUACGCUACCCCUUGGGUUCGGAAGCAGGUUCUUCCCAAGUUUCUGAACAAGACACCUUUCACUCAGUUGAAAACAUACAUGUUAGCAUUGAGAUCCCCCGACAGCUCUACACCACCAGAUCCGACAAGCUAGUUUCAGACAUAGUCGAUUUCCAUCAUUGCAUCCCACAGAAUGAGACAUGGAGGAUAGCCCAUGAGUAUCGGUCAUCUUGUUGCCUUCUGAGGGGAGCUGACAGCGAGGGUUUUGAAGUGACCGUUUUAUGAUAGUGGACCUCCGAGGCCACCCUGAUUGACAGUGCAAUACAGGAACCAAAGGUCUCUGCUGUUCCUGACCGUGUGUGAACUGAGCUGGACCUCUGGCUGAGGGGGACAGGACCAACUGGGACUGGAGAUCUCACAUCAGUAAUCAAGGAUUCACACUAAAAAGAGAAUGCAGUUCUAAUCCUGACUGGUCUAAAAUACCGCCUCAAUGCGCUCACAUGCAGCAUGUACUACUGAGGACUAGGAAUGUUGUUUCGUGUCAUAUACCCUUGUCAAAAAGGUUGUUUCUCUUCCCUCACAAUGAGGUUUUAUACAUAUUGGAUACACUUGCUGGUAUCAUGUCUGGACACAAGAAGAUGUAUAGCUGUCUAACUUUCUUCAGAGUCCCAAAAAGAAACUGAAUGUAAAAUAAGCUACUUAUUAUUAUUUUUCUUACUUGCUAUUUACAGAAGUACUGUACAGUAUGUCUUCCUUUUUAUGUCCCCUUAAUCAUAUGCCCACGUAUUAAAUAUCCCCAUACACAUAUCUACACACAUAUCUACACAUAUCUAGUGAUAUUUAAUGCCAUCCACCCUUCUCUCUUGCUCCUCCCAAUCACAUGUGGCGAUCAUAUCAAAUCCCAUUUGAAAUGUGUGACAAUAUUAACAAUGUGUGAAAAAUGAAUGAUUUUAUACUUUUUGUGACAAUAAAAUAAGUCUUUUUUUUU